GUUUGAUAAUGAAGUCAUUUCUUAAGUAGGAAUGAUAAUACUCUAAUGGUCUAAAAUAAAAUUAUUUGGAUCUUCAUUAGAUUUAUUGUUUUCAUUGUUUUAGGUUACUCCUGUAUUGGAAGAGAUGAAAUUGCCGUCGAAAUCAUAAUAUCCCUAUUCUGAUAAUGUUUAAUCAACAUUUCUUUGAUUUCCAUCAAAAUUAACAAUUGAAGGUAUAGGAUUGGUUUCAAUCUCACUGAAUUCCACAUUUGUUUAAGCCAACACUAAGGCUGGAAUAAGAAUAAUUCUAAACAUUAAAGCCUUUAUUGGCAUGGUAAAAC